CCAAGCCGUACCGUCUCCUUCUCUCAUCACUACAACGCGUCUUCUGUAAAACAACUCUAGUGGCUCUGGGCAGCCUGUAUCACCAAUCUUCCGAUUGCAGAUCGCGCAGAGUUCGCCCCUUCCGACAGAGGUCCGCUUCUGACGGCGCGGUGCAGCCCUCCCCGACGCCGUCGAAAGAAUCGUCAAACCACGCGACAAGACAGGCGACGUACUGCUACUGAUGGGCUACCACCGACGCAGUGCCGUGUGUACCCGCUCGGUGCGAUGCUCCCGUUGUCUUCGAUUGUCACUGGUAAGCCUUCGUUGAUUCUCUCUGCUUUGUCACUUGCUCCGUACGCCAGCGCGCUCCAACAGUGCUCCCUUCCACUUCUUUUGUGUUCGUUCCGCAUAUAUGCGCUUCGAUUGCGGUCAUGUAGUUUGGAUAUAUCGUCCAUCCUUCCCCUUCCUUCGACUCAUUGCCGUACGUAUAUGCAGCCGUCAUCCCAAUUGGGACACUAGACUAUGAGAGCCGCACGAUCCCUGUACAUAGUGAGUGUCGGUUCAAUUGAAUGCCAACACGGAUGGCGAUGCUCGAAUGCAACGAAGGGAUAUUGGGCGAUGUCGGACUGCUGACAACGCGCCGCACGAUCCCUACGUGUUGAAUAGAGCCGCCAGGCAGCUCGAGUACUUGUCCUCGUGCAACGAAGAUAUCUCCGCAUC